CGAAUUUCACUUGCAGUGUACACAGGUGGCUCCAUUUUUUAGCUAGAGACCGCACUCUGCGUUGCUUUCGGUUAGUAUAACAACGUAAACAGGUGUGCCUCUGGUUGAACUGAACAUUUGCUGUGAUCCUUGGAUUCCUACAACUGUCCGCAGCGAAAAAAACACGUAUCAGCCUGUUUCUGUUACAGUCGUAAGAUACGAUUUAGUGUGGUUAUUAAGUGUCGUGCUGUUUCAUUUUCUGUUCACAUGUGAAAGUAAGUUAACCUAGUUUGUUUGCGUGUUUGCUCGAAGCUUAUAAAGUGAACAUAUAAUGGGAAAAUUUUGACGAUGAAAUUUAGUAUUCGGUGUCUAAACCAAAUGUCUGGCGAAUUGAAUUUUAUUCGAAUCGAUCCAUUUUAACAUUUUGCAUAUAACUAAAACUGAGUUUCAUCAGUUUAUUACCAGAACUGGAUGUCUGGAAUGUGCGUUCAAUGUAUGUAGAAUAAGUGUGUAACGUGAAAUAAGUAAACGUAAAGGCCAGUGUGGAAUGCAACGUAGUAAAGACCUCAUUUGGAAAGUAUGUGCACUCUAUAUGAGGAUCCUACGUGUAGCUAACAGACUUUAAUGAAAUCCUAAACUGCCCGGGUGACUUCCACAGCUUCUGGUUCUGCAGUGUGCUUUACAAGGUGCCGUCUCAGUUCUGUCUGCUGGACCCGUCACAACCAGACCAGAAGCCAGUGGAUAACCAGUAGCAAAUAUUUCUUCAAUGCCACCAUCUUGUCCUAGUCAAAACAGAGGAAGUGCCGUGCGUAUUUGGCACCCUGCCCUGAAAAGCAACAGACAUGACACAACAGCAGACCCCAAUUAUGAUUUCGCAGCGGGUCCAACCUCCUCUACUCUGUUUACACUUUCCUCAGACAAAGUGAUUGGGAAUGAUAAAUACAAAAAUAUGAAGAACAUGCGGAAGGAGGAUAUGGAUAAAGCUGCAUGGUGUUGGGCAGACAAUACUGAACCGAAUGAUGUCACAAAACAGCAUGUGGAAUUGGUUUAUCGGAUUAAAUUAAAUGUUUGUACGCCAAAUUCGUGUCGGCGUAACUGCAGAGGCAAUCCGCGAUGCUUGUCUGGUUUAGGUGAAAGUAAGUGGCUGGGCCCAAAGGCAGCUGCAGCAGUAGAAGAUGCUUGGGGUGUUGGCAUGGUUGACCCUAAUGAAGAGCGUAGAGAAACAGGAAUAUUUGUUGGACUCAAGAAUCUUGGUGCUACAUGCUAUGUCAAUAGCCUACUGCAGCUAUGGUUUCAUAACCUGAAGUUUAGGCAUGCUGUAUAUGCAUGGUCUCCAGAAGAAGAUCUUCAGGAGAUGGCUAACAUCACACUUCAGAAAACCAAAGGAGAAGAAUAUGCUCCAGAAUCCUGUAUUGGACACUUACAGCUGUUGUUUGCACUCCUUCAAUUUGGCAAACGACGCUAUGUAGAUCCAACAGCGUUUAUUCUGUCACUUGGUCUUGAUACCGCCACUCAACAAGAUGCACAAGAGUUUUCAAAGUUAUUCAUUUCCAUGCUAGAAGAACGUCUCUCCCAUCAGUCUUCACCACUUGUGAAAAAUAUCAUUAAAGAGCAGUUCUGUGGGAAAUAUUCUUAUGUCACCAAGUGUCAACUGUGUGGGACAGAGUCUGCCUUGCCUUCGUUGUUCUAUGAGCUGGAACUGAAUAUUGCCGGACACAAGACACUUGCUGAUUGUUUGGAAGAAUUCCUGAAAGAGGAGAAACUGGAAGGUGCUAAUCGUUACCUCUGCGCCGUGUGCAAGUCAAAACAGGAUGCAACGCGCAGCAUCAAGCUUGACGUGCUACCUCCAGUGCUAAACCUUCAACUGAUGCGUUUUGUAUUUGAUAGGCAGAAGGGCAGCAAGAAGAAGUUGAACUCAUAUUUGCAGUUCCCUGAGAACCUGGACAUGUCUUUGUACCUGAAGAAGCCUGCUGGUUCCUUGUGCUACGUACUUAGUGCAGUGUUGAUUCAUUGUGGUCAUAGUGCAUUCUCAGGACAUUAUGUAGCCCACAUCUGUGAUAGCACUACGAGUACCUGGUAUAAAUUCAAUGACGAAGCUGUGGAGAAAAUGGAAGGGAAGAAGUUGAAAUUGGGUACAGAAGAAGAUGUUGAUGGUGCAGAUGGGAAUAAGAAAAAUAAGCCGCAGCGAGUUCCAAAGGGUUUCCUCACAUCAAAUAAUGCGUAUAUGCUUGUAUAUACUGAAGCCAAACAAGCAGAGGAACAGAAUAAUUCUGAAAAGAAGGGCAAUGAAACAAAAGACAAUCUUGGAGUGGAAUGGAUUCUGCCAGAAAGACUUUGUGACUUGUUGAAGACCGAGGACCAGAAAUUUGAAGACUGGGCGAAAGAAAUGGAUGAAACAAAGGCUGUGACUGUUGAAAGUGGGAAGGCUCGUCAGCAGGAGAUGGCCAACCUUUACAACACGCUGCCUGUCACAGAAGGUGCCCAGUUUGAGUUUAUUUCUUCAAACUGGUUGGCGAAAUGGUUGAGCAAUGAUGAGGCCAAACCAGUGGACAAUAGUUCUCUGGUUUGUCAGCAUGGGAAGUUGAAUCCAAGUUCCAUAUCACAAACAAAAUGCAUCAGUUCUGUUGCUGCAGAUAUACUGUAUUCCAAAUUUGGGGGAGGUCCUCGGUUGCUUGGGGGUGCCUCCAUGUGUCUUCGAUGUGUGAAGUACAGGUGUAAAGUCUUUAGAUUGAAGAAUAAAAUUACAGAGGAUAACAAAAGACUAACAACUUUGCUAAAAAUGAAACUUGACAGUUUGGAGCCUGCAUUUUGGGUUGGAAAAAAUUCACUGAGAUGUUGGCGGAAAUUGGUUCUAGAAGAGGUAGAGGGUAUUAAAGGCAAGGAUGAUAUGGAAGAAGUCGGCGAUUGUUCCUUGAACUGCGCCGAUAAAGUGUCUGGACCAUGCGUUAAUAAUUGUGAUGAUAAAAUUAGCUGUGACAUUAUAACUGAAACUAAUGAUGAUGAAAAGUUGUCGGAGAAAAAUAACCAAAAAAUAUCUAGAGACAACGAGGGAUACUGCGGUGAAAAAGUGGAAUGUGAAUCUUCUAGCAUUUCCUUAAAUUCUGAAGACUGUGGAAGUACCAUUCCAAGGGUUACACGUUCAAGAUCGAAAUUGACUCCAAAGUCAGAUAGUAAACAGAUUUCUGUCGAUUGUUUUGAUGCUGAUACUUCAAAAUCCUUGUCAGUUUUAUCAUAUAAUAAAUCCACAGAUAAUUCUCAAAUUCCUUUGUUUCAUGGAGAAAGAAAUGUGAAGGCAUUAUUACCUGGUAUGAGAAGAACAGUCGUUUCAAACGCGAAAGAUUUAGACAAUGAAGCAGAAAUGAUGGAAAUGGAAGUAUCUUCUACUGUACCAUCAGAGCACGAGGAAUCGCAAAACAUUAAUUCUAUGCAUUUAGCCGUGUGUAAUGAUAGUGUAGUAACCUCAAGCGACGAAAUAUUGGAAAGCCGAACGGACGGUCGUAACGUGGAGCUUUCAGAAGCCAGAAUGGAUGAGAAUAGUGUUAGACGAGAAGGACCUUUGUUAAAAGAAAUUUUUGAAAAUAGUAAUGAAAACCUUUCUGUGAAUGGUAUUUCACAAACAUGCACUAAAAAUUCUGUUAAAGCUUUAGGACCGAAGUACUCGUACAUUCGUAUCAAAACUCCGGGCUUUGGUGAUGAUAUAAUUCAGAGUGUAGAAGAUGGCGCAAUUUGUGAUAUCUUAGGAGAGAAGUCAAACAAACGACCUUGGGCUGUUACAAGUAAAACUGAGGACAUGAUUGAAGAGAGCAGAGAAGAAUCUGAAGAGAAAACAAUUUUAGAUGUGGCAGUCAGUGGUGCUAUAACACCGGAUGAUGAUACUUUCCACGACGGACAACAGGAAGGUGACGAGGAGGGUUUUAAUGAAGAUAUCAUUUGUAUACAUGGAAAUUUAAGCGUAGAAGACGGUCGGCGACGUCUUGUCUCCGAACAGGCGUGGGAGAUUUUGAGAAGCUAUUUUCCAUCUGCUAAGCCAUUCACACAGGAUGCCAAACCUUGUAUCUCGUGCCAGAACCUGUUGACGCAAGGCAAAGCUGCGCGUGAUAUAUAUCGUCAGACUGCAGCCAUUCAGAAAGACAGCCUCAUGGAUCUGUACUACGACCGUAACCGCGUUUCCCUCGGUAGUCCGGCAUCUCUGCAGCGACAGAAACAGUUCCCAAAUCAAGUGCUGCAUCUAGUAUCGAGAGAUUUCAUUGAUUCUUGGCGCAAAUUUUUAAGGGAUCCGAACCGAAGAGACCCAGAGUCUUUCAUCGUGAAUGGACAUCUUCUGUGUCCUCACGGUGGGCUUCUUUAUAACCCAGCGACGUCUGAGGAGCCAAGUUCCAGUAAUCGGUUCGUGGUGGUAACAGAGGUCGAAUGGAAUAAGCUUCUUAACUUCUACUCGGUAGACUGCGACAUCGUAGUGAGGCGAGACCUAGACACCGGCGUCCUGAUAAGCGAACCUGAUGUAUGCGAAGAAUGUGUGCUGGCGCGGCUCGAGGUGGAGGAAAUGGAACUUUUGCAGUAUAAAAAAGCGAAGAUAUUUGUCCGGAAGAUUGCCGACACUGACAGUAACAAGUGCCAGUCGCAGGACAGUGGGCGUGACGGUGGUAGUGCUGUGUCGGAGUACAAAGAUGAUCCCGAAUACCAGGGCUUUGAUGCGAAACGACCAAAACUGGCUACGUCGUCUUGUGGUUCCGCGACGCCUGGAGAUGGCCGGGUACGCAAGAGUACGCGACAUCGGCGCAUGCGCGGUGAGAAGGAACUCUACGUGUCUUCGACACUUAAGUUGUUGGAUCUCAAAGUAAUGGCGGACGAGCCUUGUGACGACCCUUCUCUGAUUGAUGACUAUAUAAAAGCCACCACAUUCGAAGAAGGCUUUAAGGGUACAGAACUCUUGAAGUGAAGACAAAAUAUCUCAGAAAACCAACAGACAUCAGUGAAGAAACUUCAGUUAUUAGUACUUCAUUCUUUCUACUGCUUAAUAAUUUUAUUUAGUGUUAUGUUUUUAUAAGUACAGUCUUAUAUUACAUCCUAAGUGUAAAAAAAGUGAGUUCAUUACUUUCUGGCAACUCAAAAUAUAAUUUACAGUGUGGUGCAUAUGGUAUUUAAAUGUGGUUUAGGGUACUUCACGGUUGACUGAACAAAACACUGACUCGUGGUUAAAGUAUAUUUAAAUCAACACUGAAAUAGGCCAGAGGAACUUUGCAUUCGUUAAGAUAUGAGCCUUAACUAAGCUUUAUAUGUUUAUUUUAUUGAAGUAGUAGUGCGUUGUCGUUAAGUAAUCAGAAAUAGGCGACCGCUGGAUUUUGGUUGCCAGUGACUGACUGUCCAUUGGGUACUCAUGAUGUAGCCAAUCCUUAAAGCUGUUCAUCUAGUCACGGCGUCUAAGAAUGUAGGGGUUUUACCCCUGUAUUCCCCAUACUCCUUCAUUGUUUGUUGCUUAAGCGUGACACUGACUCUGCUUUUAUAAUACGUCAUAAUCUGUUAUGCAUUUUGCGUGAGAUAUAAGCUAAUUCUUGUUGGUCUUAAUCCGUCUGAGUAUUUUAAACCACGACGUUUCGGAAGCUUGUUAUACUUUGGAUUUAAAGUGACCGGUGUGAGAAAGACCCAUCAGAGUAGAUAUUUCUCCUUGCACUUGUAACCUGAAGAUGGAAAUAGAACCUACUUCCGAAACGUGAUUUAAAGUUAAAUUCUAGCAGAAUUGUUAUACACAAUGAGUCGCAGCGUCCUCAGAAACAUUUAUUAUUCGUUUCAACUUCGUAGUUAUGAAGGUGGGAAAAAUCAUGUAUUCAUUUUUACUGUUUGUUUUACAGAAAUAGGUAUGAAUGUAAAACUUCGUGUGACAUUUAAAAAUACAUUAAACAUUUUAAAGUUUAAAAUUACGGCUAAGGAGAAACAUUGGGUUGUUGUAGAGCGUGCACGUCGCGAGGAUUGUCUUGCUUUUUUUACCGUUCAGCUGAUAGAUAUGGAUAAAGGUAUUAACAUGUGCUUCUAUGUUAAGAAAAUUAAUUGUUUUGUUAGUAAAUUUGUGGUUCUGAAAUUGAACUCAGUUUGUUUUAAAAUAAAUCUUUUGGCGAGAUCUCGGGUUCGUACGGCGGAAAGUACGAUGAUGGCUGUCUUCUGGGUUGUUGCGCCGUUUAGUUUGGUAUAAGUUUACCGACGUUUCGUGGGUCCUUCCUGUCUCCAUCAUCAGGGCGAUAAGUAACUCGCACUCGAGGAAUCAGUUUGAAAAUGAGAUCCUUGUUGGGAUCAGUGGGGAAGAGUGUGAAGAUCGGGUGGAAUUAAGGUAACCAUUAGGAGAAUGGCGGACCACAAUCUGGCCAACUUACGCACGAGACUACACGACACAUCAACCCAAAAGACAGCAAUCUUCAAACUCGUCGCCGUGAGAUUAUUACGUAGGUGACUGUCGUCGAUACCCUGAGGAUGGCUCUACUGUCCGUCAGCGUCGCUAGAGACUCGUACACAUCUACAAACAGUGUUGGAAAACAGUUUUUGAACACGUUUUGUCGGAAUUUCGUCUGUAUGCAAACAGAUAUUGGGUGGAUCUUGUUUCUCGUUGGUAAUGGAAAGCGAGAUACGUUAUUAGCAAAUGUGGGCCUGUUUCUAAACUCGUUGUCAGUGUAUCUCGUGAGCUACGGCCAGAGAAAGUGCUCAGAAUGAACGCAAGGGAGAAUACGUCGAAGCUUUAUGUUUUGCAACCGAUCAUUUGUAGCAACAUUUUAAAAUCGGUUGUUGUCAUUCUGACAAAAUUUCUGAAGCCAACUCAAUCAUCUGCUUUGAAGUCUGCCAAAAGAUUAUCGCCGUACCUCGUCCGUUCUUUGAGAAAGUGACUGAAGUGGAACAGUGUUUGCCAAUAGGCGGUAUACAAGGCAAACAGAGUUUACCGACAGUGUUUGCAGGUGUGUACGAGCUUUAAAGUUCACAUCACAGUUAAUCAGGACACUCUGUGGUUAGGUUACACAAAUCCCAUCUUCGACCUCUGUCUGUGCAGCGCCAUUUAGACAACGUAUGGAAUGCCGUGAAUGAAUGACCAAACUUCGCAGCACCAUUUAGUUAAAACACCUUUUAUCACAAAUAAAUGCACUAAAAUUCAUCUUAAACAUGACAUACAUAAUUCAAUUUCUUGGGUAUUUCAACUGGCCACUCUCGAAGGACUUUCCCCACCAAAUCUUGUACGCAUGUUUUCGUUUCCCUCAUCCGAGAUGCACGUACGUGUUACCGUAGCCUCGUUGAUUUCGCUUCCCAAAAAGUAACAUAAGAACUUGCCAAAGCUUGCCAUUUGAGGUCCUGAAUAUGAGCACAAACAAUGUGUGGCUGUGUGGAAUGGAAUUCUCAUUGUGCAACCGCAGAUACGUAUCCAUAAAAAAUAAACCCCUUAAAGCCUAGCGGUAACUAUAUAUACCACCUGCUUUAACAAUCAGUAACACUGCAUUUUGUGUUUGUGUGUCUCGUAUGAUUCUCGGUGUAAACGGAUUAUUUCCUUAAAACAUCGUUAGUUAACAAAUCCCGUCUUUGUCAUUGAGUAGUGUGUUUUCUUUGAGGUACGGACUAAAUUCUUAGGUGUUUUUAGACGAGUUUCGGCAACGAAGAGUUGACACAAAGGUCAAUUGAGAGCUGCAGAAGAACAAAGAACGCGCUUUGAAAAUAUGCAUACAUCACAUGGAGCACACCUGUCCACUUUGCUGUUUCCGAACACAUUUAGGGCCUUACUUACACAUCGUGCGCAAAAAUAUUUUAGCAACUACUUCACAUGUUCUGUGUAUUUAAUCUGUUUAUCGUAUUGUGUGAAUAAAUACAAAUACAAAGAAAUUA